CCCCCCCCCCUCCAGUCCCCACUGUUAACCGCUGUAGGCCAAGCCAACGGGUGGACAAGAUGGAAUUCCACGAACGAACGACACGGACUUUCUUCAUCAAGGCCGCUCCAAAGCCAAGCCUUUCAGCUUUCCUCACUCGCCCUCACCCGGUCCCCUCGCUGCAACCACUCAUCUUACAUGAUAAAUAACACCCUACUUUUUAUUUUUAUUUAUAUUUUUUUACUACAACCGCCUGUCCGCCGCCCCAUCGAUCGCAUGGGAGUCACGAAAACCACCACCACCAUCACCCCUCUCUAGGCUCUAACUACCCCUCCUACCUUAUCAUGACAACCGACGACAAAAAGGCCCUCAUACUGGGCAUAUCCGGCUGCUCCUCCAGCGGCAAGACGACCCUCGCCCGCCUCCUGCGGGACAUCUUCCCCGACACCUUUAUCCUGCACCAGGACGACUUUUACAGGCCCGAGACGGAGUGAGUUUGAGCUGUCUCCCCCCCUUCCCUCUGCCUCGAAUAGCAAGCAAGCAAGUGAGCAAGCAAACGCGCCCCCGGGAGGGAGAGAGAGAUGAGAAGAAAGAAAUGAUAAUAGCGUCCCUCCGUCUUUUCUUCUUCACUGUUUCUCCGUCAUCUUCCCGGUCGCUCAAGUCAGGGGCAGCAAAUAAUUGGCCUCUCUGCUCAUCACAUCUUGCUCCAUAGACUGCCGUAUAAGAAUGGUCUGCUCGAUUGGGACUGUGCAGCGGCCAUCGACGUCCCCGCCAUGGUCGACGCCCUCGCUUACAUCCGCCAGCACGCCGAGUUCCCUCCCACGUUAGACUCCAAGGAAGACCAAAACUCGGUCGGCAAGUGCCCCGUCCCCGAAGCGACUGUCGCCGCCCUCAAGGCCAAAGUCUCCUCAGCACUGCUGCAGCUGCCGCCGCCUUCUCCCUCGUCUUCUACUUUGCCAUCAUCAUCCUCGCACCCCCCACCACCACCAGCACCACCGUCACCGCAGCAGCAGCAGCAGCGGCCGCACCCGCGCCUCUGCCUGCUCGACGGCUUCCUCCUCUACGGGCCCUCCAUGGCCGCCCUGCGCUCCAGCUUCGACGUCAAGCUCUUCCUGCGCGCCUCGUACGCCCGCGCCAAGGCCCGCCGCGAGGCCCGCGACGGCUACGUCACCCUCGAGGGCUUCUGGGCCGACCCUCCCGGCUACGUCGACGCCGUCGUCUGGCCCAACUACGUCGAGGAGCACGCCUGGAUGUUCGAGGGCGGCGACGUCGAGGGCCGCUUUAGGGUUGACGUCCUGCGCGACGAGGACAUCAGGGUCAUCGAGGGCGCACCUGUGGAUGCCGACAUGGAGCGGCUGUUGGAAUGGAUGGUGGACGUGAUAUUAGAAGAGCUGCGCAAGCUGCACUAGACAUGUAGAUGGGCUGAAACGAGGAUCCGUCCGUCCCUGUUGACGACUUAUUCAACUAAAUCUCAUCUGCA